AUGGUCUCGAGGGAAGUCUUGUCCCUCGAGGAGCACAUCAGGAGCGCAUCACAGCAGGCUCAAUUGGGCAGUAGGGCGUCUCGACCUGAGCGAGGAGCGAACCUGAGCGAAGUGCAGGAAGAGAGCGCGAGUAGGGCAGUAUCGCCAGAGGUAGAGCAAGAUGGAGGCCUGGGCAUCAGCACAGGCGAGUCUAGCGACGCUCUGCCGGAAGUUGCGAGCAACACGUUGGAUUCCAGCUUCACACCUUCUGGUAGCGCGGUCAAUUCUUUGCAUGGCAGCUCCGAGCAUGGCGGUUGGGUCACCAACAGCUUGAGCCCUGUCAACAAUAGGACAGCCAGCGGUGCGAGAGUGAGUCCCAUUGGUGCUGCUAGAGUCGCACAAUUGGGCGCUGACGGGCGUGCUGAUCGGUGCAUGCGGUUUGUCUUGCUUGCAGAGGGCAUCGUCGGCGUAUAGCGUCCCUCGCUGGAACAACUCACCACACAGUGGACCACCUUCUACUGCCUGCUCACCUCGUAGCGAUGAGGACUUGCCCAAAUCCCUGCGCUGGUCGACAGCCUAUGGCUCUGUAGCAUCGUCGAGAAGCGGCGUGCGACACCGGAGCACCCUCUCAAAAGAUGCGGGUGCGACCGCAUUGUACAUCUUGCCCGCAUCAGAAUCCUUCUGGGCGGAUUGCAAGAUGGAGGCCGAGCCGGACGAUGUGCUUCACGACCCGAGGUUGGAUCCGGUCGGAGUCGACGGUAGCGGGAUCGUGUCGACUCGUCGGGCCAUCUUGAACCUCGGUACGAUCGCGAUCCUUGGCAUGGGACUCUUGCUGCUGUUUGCGGGCUACCCGAUCAUCGCGUACGUCACCGGUGAUCACGAGUCCACCAAAGGCGCGUUCAAUCUUGGCGGCACCAAUUCCAGCGGGCAAGUCAGUUCGCUCGCUUCCGACUUUCCUGGAUGGAAAACAGGAUCGACCGGUCUCAUCGAUCCCGACACACCAAAGGAUGCAUAUACCCGCAAAGGUCUGGACGGUGUGACCGACUUUGACCUCGUCUUUUCCGACGAAUUUGAGGUGGAAGGACGAUCUUUUUAUCCGGGCGACGAUCCCUUUUGGGAGGCCGUCGAUCUGCACUACUGGGCCACGAACAACUACGAAUGGUACGAUCCUGCAGCCGUGACCACCCGCAAUGGAGCUUUGGAAAUCACGUUGGAUCAGUACGUCGAACACAAUCUCAACUUCCGCGGCGGCAUGCUGCAAUCGUGGAACAAGUUCUGCUUUACCGGUGGUUUCGUCGUCGCCUCCGUCCGUCUUCCGGGCACCGCAGACGUCGCAGGUCUUUGGCCUGCCAUGUGGACCAUGGGCAACCUCGGCAGAGCAGGGUACGGUUCGACGCUGGAAGGUACAUGGCCCUACUCGUACGAUGCGUGCGACGUGGGCACGCUGCAGAAUCAGACGACAAUCGAUGGUCAGCCAGAAAUGGCGGUGACGGGUGGUGAUGUGCUGUUCAACAGGAAACACAAUUCGAACGCAUUGAGUUUCCUGACCGGACAGAAAUUGUCGGCGUGCACGUGUCCCGACGACGAUCAUCCGGGCCCAAAGAACAAGGACGGGUCUUGGGUCGGUAGAUCGGCACCGGAAAUCGAUGUUUUCGAAGCGCAGAGCACGGGCAGGAAAAUGACGCUCUCUCAGAGCGCACAGGUGAGUGAUUCUAGUCUGGCAUAUGAGAAUGCAUCAAGUUUUUGAAUUUGACGAGCUACCGUAUCGACGCUUCAGAUUGCUCCUUUCAACUACAAGUACAAGCCGUACAACACGACGGAGCCUGCGUACACCAUUUACGACCCUUUGCGCACCAUCGAAAACACAUACACCGGUGAGCUGAUGCAGCAAGCCAUGUCGGCUGUCACCGACGCCAAUCAAGCAGCAAUGCAGCGAGGUGGCGAUGCAGAGUUCUCCGAGUACGGUUUCGAAUAUCAGCCUGGGCACGGUGGCUACAUCGAGUGGGUCUCGGACGGCAAGCCUGCCUGGCGCGUCAAUCCCGCUGCGAUGAGCGCAGACCCUCGAGUGGGCAUUGCCGAAAGGCCGAUCCCCAACGAGCCAAUGUACAUCAUCUUCAAUGUGGGAGUUUCGAAGAACUUUGGUACGGUGGAUUGGGACAACCUCCAGUGGCCAGCCACGAUGGCGGUCGAGUGGGUCCGCGUCUACCAACCAAAGGGUCAGAUCAACGUUGGAUGCUCGCCAGAGAGCAUGCCCACUGCCGACUACAUCAACCGUCACUUGGAAGCGUAUAACAAUCCCAACCUGACGCUGUGGGGCAAUACGCCAGAGGAAGGUGGCUACGGAGCUAAUUGGCCUCGCAACAGGCUCAAUCCGAACGGUUGCAACGCCCAGGCUUCCAUUUUCCCUGGCUCGCCUACAAAUCCCAAGCCAAAGGCUCCUCACCUCAGAGAAGACCAGAUCGCCGAAGGCGAGUCUUUCUAG